UCUGGGUGAUGUCAUCGUAUUUUUCGUAAAUUUUCGGCUAAAAUCUUGAAUUUAGUGCUUCUAAUCCGUGUUAUCAAUAGCGAAACAAUAGUGAACGACUGCGAUGGCUGAUCCAAAGUUUCAAUUUCUACCGUACAUUGCUCACGACCAGCCGGAUGUGUACGAGACACCGGAUGUACUGGAGUCGGAAACGUCCGAUUUCUACGAAGAAGAACCCUCCAAUGAAAGCAUCGAGCGACUUCACAUUUCCACCAAGGAUUCGUACAAUAAGUUCAAGGGAAAGUAUCUGACCGGGGAUGUGGAUUUCAGCGAUCGGAUUGGGAAGAAAAUUCGCAUCGGCUACGAUGCCCGGACCGAAUGGGAUUUGGCUGGCGAAGGGGAAAAGGAAACGCCUAUCCAGAAGUGUUUGCGUCUGCAGUGCGAAAUGAACGAACUGAUGGAAGAGAUUACGGCUUCUCAGGCCGACGCUAGCAAGAGCAAGGAGGAAAAGGCUUCCUACGAGGCGGUGUUCGAAGUGGUCGGAACGGCAAAGAAAGUUUUGGAAAGUUUGAAAUUGGAACAAGCGAUUGGAAGUGAAACUGUGGCCGUGGGAGCGGAAGCCGAAGCGAAAAAGUUGUUGACUAAAAUUGAGGAAUACAAGAAGUCGGGUGGAGCUGAUCCGAUCAAGACGGCAACCGACUUGGUGUAUAGUUCCAGGAUUGCCGAGCUGGAACAUCGCCUUCAUGAACUGGAGGUCGCUGUUGGCGCUAAGCCAGAGAAAAUUAGUCGGCUAGCUGGCUCGGCCGGGGCAGGUAACUUAAUCGAAGCCGUACAGUCCAUUUCAGCGAAGGCAGCUUUACUGCAACCGCAGCAGCUAGAUCUGAUUGAAGCGAGACUGAAUAACUUGGUGACAAAGAUGAAUGCCAUCAACGAGAAGUCGGCAGCUACUGGACAGGAUGCUAAUCGGGAACAAAAGAUUCUGGAACUGUACGAAAUUGCGAAAACUACCGAACCGAUAGUACAGAUUUUACCCGACAUGUUGCACCGAAUGCAGACGCUGGAGUCGUUGCACAAAUACGCUACCAAUUUCGGAAAAUUAUUUGCAGAAUUGGAGACAACUCAGGCAACCAUUUUGAACGGCGUUGGUUCGAACAAGGCUCUGCUUACGGGAGUGCAGGAAGCGUUUGCUCAAAAUCUCGAAAACGUCAACAAGGAAGUAAAUAAGCUGGAGGAACGUAUGAAGGCGCUUCAGGAGAAGGUGAAGUGAAUCUUUGAUCAUUCCCAGUUGCGUCACCGAAGGGUAAUAUCGAGUUUUGCUUUUACUACUAGAUCUAAAACAUUCGCUUAUUUAUUAAUAUUCAAAAUUAUGUGUAAUCACCACCCGGUUGGCAAAUGAGCAGCUGAGGUUAGAAUAUAUCUAUCUAUUUAACGCAAGAAAGUACCACUAUGAAGAA